CUUCUCGAUGAGCCUGGCGUUCACGCUCCGGCCGCUGGAGCGCAACCCGCCCAGCACGCCCGGCAAUGCGCUCGAGGGUGCGUUCCGAGUUCAUCUUUCUGCGAAAGAGCUCAGGAACCACCGCCUCGCCAAUGGCGACUUGAUCAGGCUGAAGACUGCGGCUGGCUUCAAGGGCUACGGCAUCGCUUGGACGGCAGCUGCAACAAAUCCAGCGAACAAGCCAAUCGCCAAGGUCACGGACCUGCUCAAAGAGCAGUGUGGCCUGUCACUGAACGAUCCAGUGUGGAUCGAGAAAGCCAGUGACUCAUGGAAGCCUCUCACGAGCGUCCGGAUCGCAUAUCCAGAGUCUAUCGAACAGGAUGCCAAGUUUCCCUCCACGGACGAGCUGUUGUACUGGGCCCGCUAUGCGCUAGUCGAUGUUGAACUCGUCCUGCCUGGAUGCAGUCUGCAGGUACAGGCAAAGGGGCCCAAGGAGCAGCCGAAGACGUCAAAGUUACGCCUGACGGUUCAGAGUAUCGAUCCCCAACCGGACGAGAAGAAUGCACUGUACUUUGAUCCAGUCAGUACCCAAGUCAUAGCCUCACACGAACCUCCUGCUCAGCAGCUUCCUCAACACCCCGCAGCACAGCCUGCGAAACCCGUUUCCGAGGUUCUCAAGCUGAACACCGAGGGAAUCGGAGGCCUCUCAGAGCACACUGCAACCAUCAAUAAGAGUCUUUUCUUCUUCUCACAUGCAGCAUCUACUCUUCCUGACCAGCAUCUCCUCGGACCAACCACCUUUCUCUUCCAUGGCCCGGAGGGUACCGGUAAAAGUAUGCUACUCGAACGUCUUGCCGACGCGCCCUGGAAGGAUGUGCAACGACUGAGUCUGGAGACACACCCGAAGAACCAAGCCCUGGGCAUCGAAGACACGUUUGAGGCCGCAAAGGAGAACCAGCCAAGCCUGAUUCUGAUGGACAACCUAGACAAGUUCCUCGAAAAGGCAGAGACGCUGGUCGGCAAGCUACGCUCUGAGCUGGCCAAGUUAGAAGGAAACAAAGUGGUUGUCGCAGCAGCCGCACGCAGCAUCUACGACAUCGACUCGAGUCUGCGCACAACAUCAGGAUUCAAAGCUGAGCUGGAGGUCUUCCCGCCCAACCUCGCGCAGCGCGAGGACAUAUUACGCCAGAUCCUCGGCCCUUUGCGAGCGACCUCGAGCGUCAACUUCACGGCCGUAGCAGAGCGCGCACACGGCUUUGUGGGUCGCGAUAUCCACAAGCUCUGCGGUCUCGCACGGAACCACCGCAUACAGGAAGUCUACGAAAGCCUAGACGACGCUGCGAAAGAGUCGUUCGGCUCAAUCCUGGAAGCAGGAGAUUUCGUCACACAAUCCGAUUUCUCCGCCGUAAUCGACCAAGUCCAGCCCACCGUCCUCAAAGACAGCAUCCUCGAGGUGCCGAAAGUAAAAUGGGAUCAAAUCGCCGGUCUAGACCACGUCCGCGCCCUUCUCGAAGCCAUCACCAUCCGGCCGUUCAAGCACCCCGACCUCGACGCCAAAUUCGGCGGCCCCCAAUCCCGCAAAGGCGUGCUCAUGUACGGUCCACCCGGCUGUGCAAAGACUCUCAUCGCGCAAGCCGUGGCCACGGAAUCGCACCAAAAUUUCCUCGCCGUCAAAGGCUCGGAACUGAUCAAAAUGUACGUUGGCGAAUCUGAGCGGGCGAUCCGGGACGUCUUCCGGCGGGCGAGGGCGGCCAAACCGUGCAUAAUCUUCUUUGACGAGAUUGAUUCGAUCGGCAAAUCUCGCGAGAAGACGCAGGACUCGGGACUGAACGUUGUCACGACGCUGCUCAACGAAAUGGACGGCAUCGAAGCCCUCAAAGACGUGUUCAUAAUCGGCGCAACGAACCGGCCCGACAUCCUCGACUCGGCUUUGAUCCGUACUGGCCGCUUCGACGCACAUAUCCACAUCGGACUUCCCACGCUCGCGGCGCGCAGACAGAUUCUGGACAUCCACACGCGCAAGCGCCCGCUCGCUUCGGACGUGAAUCUCGAUGUUGUGGCGGAGCGCACGGAGGGGAGUAGUGGUGCGGACAUCAAGGGGCUGUGUGCGGUGGCGGUGGAAAUGGCGAUCAGUGAUUAUGAGAGGGCGGGUGGGGAGGCGGAGAUCAGGAUGGAGCAUUGGGAGAGGGCGUUGCGGGAGCAUCAGCCGCAUACGCUCAGGGAGGAGGCGGAGAGGUAUAAGUACUGGAGGCCGGGGAUGAGUUUGAGUGAGAGUUGA